GUUCAACACGUUCAGAUAAUCUUGUUCUCCUGAGUCUUCGGAAUCUCAAACGCAGGCGAAAGGGAGAAGUUCUCAAGAUAUGUGACCGUAAUCUAUGUAAACUUGUUUUAAAACAAGCGGCGUCUUAAAUGUCCGAGAUUUUGAUGGCACGUGGUAAAAAGGUGACACUUCUAAAAGUGCAAGAAUGAAAAGGAGAUGUGUUGGUUUGCUUAAGCAGAGAUACAAGUUCUACCCAUUUUUUGCAUUAUUUUUCACUGUGUGUGCUCUGAAGCUCAUCUAUGUAAAGAUUUCAGAGAGAAACAAAUUCUACAUUGAACCCCAUGGACUUACAGUGAGAUCAUCCAGAGCUCAGGCUAACAAUGAUGCUAUUGACUGCACAGCUAUUUAUCAUCUGGAACCAGUGGAAAUCGGCAAGUCUUUGGAGAUAAGGCGUCGAGACAUUGUGGAUUUGGAUGAUGAGAGCAUUGUGUCCUUCACUGAAAAUUGUCCAAAAUACACCAAGGCAAGGGGUUACAACGACAUUGUGGUGACCGAAGAGGAGCGAGACUUUCCACUGGCCUACUCUUUAGUGGUGCAUAAAAACAUGCCCAUGGUAGAAAGGAUUAUUAGAGCCAUCUAUGCACCACACAAUAUAUACUGCAUUCAUUAUGAUCAGAAAUCCUCCAGACCUUUCAUCGCAGCAGUGGAAAACCUGGCCAAGUGUUUCCCAAACAUAAUCGUCGCCUCCAAACUGGAGUCAGUGCAGUAUGCACACAUCACAAGACUCAGUGCAGAUCUCAAUUGCCUAUCAGACUUAAUGAGUUCAAAGGUCAAAUGGAAAUAUGCCAUUAAUCUGUGCGGGCAAGACUUCCCACUCAAGUCCAACUAUGAACUGGUGGGGGAGCUGAAGAAGUUAAAUGGGGCGAACAUGCUGGAGACGAGCCGACCAAGUGACCUUAAGAAACAGCGCUUCAGCUUCCAGUAUGAACUGCAGGAGGUCCCAUACGAAUACCAGAGAUUACCUGUCAGGACUACACAUACCAAAAUCCCUCCUCCGCAUGGCAUUGAGAUGUUCAUUGGAAGUGCCUACUUCGUACUCUCCCAUGAUUUUGUCCACUACGUACAGACUAGCCGUCUGGUGAAAGACUUCCUUGAGUGGUCAGCCGACACAUACUCUCCAGACGAGCACUUCUGGGCUACACUAGCACGAGUCCCUGGGGUGCCCGGAGAAAUUUCCCGCUCUGCACCUGACGUCACCGACCUGGAGAGUAAGACCCGGCUGGUGAAAUGGAACUACCUGGAAGAGUCUCUGUAUCCCCCCUGUACUGGAAUGCACAUGCGCAGUGUUUGCAUCUAUGGUGCUGCGGAGCUCCGGUGGUUGUUGGAGUAUGGCCACUGGUUUGCAAACAAAUUUGAUCCCAAGGUCGACCCUGUCCUUAUUCAAUGUCUCGAGGAGAAACUUGAGGAAAAGAAAACGUUGACACUGAUUGCAGUCUAGUUGAAAAGGAGGUUUUAUUUAUUUUACAAGAGCCUAAAGGUGUGUGUUUGUUUUGUACUUGUUUCAAACUCCUACUGUGCUUGUGAAAUGUGCUUUAUAAUUCAAAACAUGUUCCACAUAGAUUCCCUUGAUAAAUGUGAGAGAACAACCAAGAUAUAUUCUUAUUACGUCCGUUAAAAGGCAAUAUUUAAUAGAUGAGAUGGAUAGACCAUUUAAAGUGCCUUUCUGAAUCCUCAUAGUGUGAAAUAUAUAUAUUUUUAUUUUAUUUAUUUUUAACCAAGUUUCUACCUCAGUGAUGAAAAAGGUCUAAUUGCUUUAUUUGCUUUUUAAAUACUGUCAUGAAAUCCUUAAGUGCCUCAUCGGUAUGUGGAAGGUCUGUUUGUGAGAAGUGAAUGAUAGUUCUGUGGUUUGCUAUUAGAUAUUAGAGUUUUACGGCAAUGUCUCUUUUCUUACAUAAAACUGGAAUCCUUGCAUUUUAAACUGGAAUUCUCUCAGAGAACAAUCACUGGAGUUGUACAAAUGGGACAAAAUCUCAUUUUAAUAAAGAUGAUCACAAAGCGAAAUUCCAGACUUAUUAAUUACCUUUCUGCUUACCUUGAAAUAUUAGAGCACACUGACCA